AUGGUGCUGCUGCUGCUGGUGGCCAUUCCGCUGCUGGUGCACAGCUCCCGCGGGCCGGCGCACUAUGAGAUGCUGGGUCGCUGCCGCAUGGUAUGCGACCCACACGGGCCGCGAGGCCCUGAACCCGACGGCGCGCCCGCCUCCGUGCCCCCCUUACCUCCGGGCGCCAAGGGAGAGGUGGGCCGGCGCGGGAAGGCAGGUCUGCGAGGGCCCCCGGGACCCCCAGGUCCCAGAGGGCCCCCGGGAGAACCAGGCAGGCCAGGUCCACCGGGUCCUCCCGGCCCAGGCCCUGGCGGGGUGGCGCCCCCUGCCGGCUACGUGCCUCGCAUUGCCUUCUACGCGGGUCUGCGGCGGCCACACGAAGGUUACGAGGUGUUGCGCUUCGACGACGUGGUGACCAAUGUGGGGAACGCUUAUGAGGCGGCCAGCGGCAAGUUCACCUGCCCCAUGCCAGGUGUCUACUUCUUCGCUUACCAUGUGCUCAUGCGCGGCGGUGACGGCACCAGCAUGUGGGCCGACCUGAUGAAGAAUGGACAGGUCCGGGCCAGUGCCAUUGCUCAGGACGCGGACCAGAACUACGACUACGCCAGCAACAGCGUCAUCCUGCACCUGGAUGUGGGCGACGAAGUCUUCAUCAAGCUGGACGGCGGGAAGGUGCACGGCGGUAACACCAACAAGUACAGCACCUUCUCCGGCUUCAUCAUCUACCCAGACUGAGCACGGCCCCACCCCCCGCACCCCGCUCGCCCUUCACCUCCGCUCCCCCCGUCACCCACCUUCAGCCGACCCCACCCAAGGCACCACCCCAUCCUUUGAGAGCCUGGCGGCGGGGCGGACCUCCAGCUCCCGAGGCGGCCUUGCUGGGUGGACUCUCCACGCUCCGGGGUGGAAGUGGCUGGGGACAGGAGGAGGCCGGGCUGAGCAGGAGCCGAGCGGCCCUGGAAGCCCCACCCCCACCCCCCGGGGUCAGAGUACGCG